GUUUCACUAAAAUGACGAACGAAAAAAAGAAAAAAUUACAAACAAUGACAAAAAGUCCUACGUCUGCUGAACAAGAAAGCGAAAAUGAAACCAUCUUCUCAUCAACGUUUUCAACAUUGUCUGAUGAUGCAAAAAUGUUGCCAAUGGAUUCGAUGACAAUCGUACGGCAACUGGCUACAUCAUCAGUAUUGGUCAUUGCUCCCGUGGCUUUAACAUUAUUGUUGGUUAUCAUAUCGGUUCAUAUUCAGUGCAUAUUGAAUUAUUGUCCACAUAUACCUAUUGAUGAACUAAUACCGGUGUUUUCCAAGACCGAUACACAUGAUUUCAAUGCAAAUGCUGCAAAUGCAUUGAAAAACACUGGUGUUCUAUUGAGCUACAUAAUUGUAGCCACAUUUUUCCUACUUGCACUAAUCUAUUUCCGUUUAUAUAAAAUACUGGUUGCUUUUGGUGUAUUCUUGGUCAUCAUGUUGUGCACAAUGAAAUCAUUAAUCUAUUGGCAUAAUCUAUUGUUUUUUCUCGAUUUUGCCAUUGAUAAUUUUACCAUUGGAAUUUUAGUCUGGAAUCUGGUUGUCACCGGUUUGAUCAUAUUUUUUAUUCUCAAAAGUCCUUUACUCGUACAACAAAUCUAUCUGAUCUACAUAAGUUUAUUGGUCAGUAAUUUUAUCAUCACUUUAUUAUCGCCAUCGACCGCUUGGGUUUUAUUGAUUUUUUUAAUCGUAUGGGAUAUGAUUGCCGUAUUAACACCAUGUGGUCCAUUGAAUCUGAUGCUUAAAUUGAUUCGAAAACGGCAAAAAAUGAAUGAAAAAGUCUAUGUACCACCGGUACUCAUCUAUUCGACUAUGAUUUUCGAUUAUGUGUCUAUUUUUAAUGAACAGAGUGCACAACGUAUCUCACCAACAACAACAGUGACAUCACCGAAAUUAGCAGAAAAACGUUACCAAACUAAACAUCGUCCAAAUCUUGGUCUUGGCGAUUUCAUUUUCUAUAGUCUAUUGAUGGGACAGGUUCGUCAAGCAUAUACAUUGGUCACGGUUUGUUUUGCUGGUCUUUCCAUCCUGGCUGGAUUGAUUGGAACAUUAGCCAUAUUAGCAUGGUCACGACGUCCUUUACCAGCAUUACCAAUAUCAUUAUCGAUUGCCAUUAUUGUAGUCAUUAUUUCCGGUUCAUUCACUGAACCAUUUGCGCUAUAUUUAAAUUCAAAUUUAAUUUUCAUAUAAUUUCAUUUUAUAAUGAUAAUUUACAAAUGCUGAUCCAUUUAUAGCUAAAUAAAACAGUUCAUUUAUUCA